AUGUGGCUGCGACACUGGCGGAGACUUCAAUCCACAACCACAAGUGAAACGCCAACUACUACAACUACAAUAUCUACAACAACACCAACUCCAUCUACAACUACAAUCUAUGACUACAACUGUAACAACAACCCCAACAAUUACAACAACAACUCAAUCAACAACUACAACUGCAACACCAACUACUGCAACUACAAUAUCUCCAACAACACCAACUCAGUCUACAACUACAACUCAACAACGCAAUCCACAACCACAACUGAAACGCCAACUACUACAACUACAAUAUCCAUAACAACACCAACUCAGUCUACUACUACAACUGUUGCAACAACCCCAACAACUACUCAAUCUACAACUACAACUGAAACACCAACUACUGCAAGCACGGUAUCUCCAACAACACCAAUUCAAUCUACAACUAAACCCGAAACACCAACUACAAGUACAAAAUCUACAACAACACCAGCUUCAUCAACCACUACAACUGAAACACCAACUACUGUAACAACAAUAUCUACAACACCAACUCAGUCUACAACUACAACAACCGUAACAUCUACAAUAACACCAAGUCCAUCUACAACUACAACUGUAACACCAACUACAACGACAACAUCUACAACAACUUCAUCUACAACUGAAACACCAACUACUGCAAGUACGAUAUCUACAACAACACCAACGCAGUCUACAACUACAACUGUAACAACAACGCCAACAACUACAACAACAACUCAAUCUACAACUACAACUGAAACACCAACUACUACUACACCAACAUUUACAAAUACACCUCAGUCUACAACUACAACUGAAACACCAACUACAGUAACCCACAUAUCUAAAACCACACCAAUGCAAUCUUCAACUACAACUAAAAUAUCAUCACUAAUGACAACCCCAUCAACAACAAGUGGAACACUCACCACACCUUCCUUUUGCGACGGUGUACCGGUAUGA